AUGGUGGGCUUCGAUGUCUCCCAUUUACUCUUAUAAGAGAUCCUUUAUGUCCCUUACUCCUAAAGCCCCCACCUCACUUGAUCCCCUAGCCAACCAUACCACACACACACUAGCCUCAUUCGUUUUUUUCGCACCAUUUCCUAGUGUGCUCGUGUGCCUUUAAAAAAAUUUCAAGAUUCUCUUCUUCUCUCUGUUUCUUUCUUUUGUUUCUCCCAUCAUGGCAUCAUCUGUGACUGGCACUGGCACUGGCACUGGUUCUCCUUGUGGAGCAUGCAAGUUUCUCCGGAGGAAAUGUGCCUCCGAUUGUAUCUUUGCACCUUAUUUUUGCUCUGAACAAGGGACUGCUAGGUUUGCAGCCAUUCAUAAGGUUUUUGGUGCUAGUAAUGUUUCCAAGUUGUUGUUGCAUGUCCCGGUUGCCGAUCGUUAUGAGGCGGUUGUCACUAUUGCCUAUGAAGCUCAAGCAAGGAUCAGAGACCCCGUUUAUGGAUGUGUUGCACAUAUUUUUUCCUUGCAGCAACAGGUGGCAUGCUUACAAGCACAGUUGAUGCAAGUGAAGGCUCAACUAGCACAAAAUCUAAUCGAUUCAACACGCAUUAAUAUAGAGAAGACGCAUCAUCAGUGGCAAGGAAAUAACAUUUCUGGGGUGUCAUCAUUUCCAUCUUAUCAAACUUACAUCAAUCCAAUCUCUCCACAAAGCUCACUUGAUUCGGUUGACCUUAACAACAGCAAUAUUGAUCAUGGGAUGAUGGAUAUGCAAGAUAUAAAAAGCGGAGAGGAAUUUGCAUUCCAAUCCUGUUCCAAGGUCAAAAGACCAUACAAUAGUGACUUGGGUGAGCUUCAAGCACUGGCACUAAGAAUGAUGAGGAACUAAUUAACAGAAUUCGUCAUGAACAUUAUCAUGUUUCUUUAAUUUCUGCGCUAGCUCAUCAAAUGGAUAAUCAUGUAUAUAUACUGAGAUCGAUCCCAUCUAAAAAGACUCCAGUUUUGAUCA